UUUUGAUCAAUUUAGCGCGCAAGUUGCCGAGACUUUCUGUUCGCCAGGCCCGGCCAAAGUUGUCUUGAUCUCUCGUUUAGUUAUCCUCUCUCGUUUACUUCUUCUGAUUUCUCACAUGACGUACUAACCAAAUCUGUGUUAAGCUGUUCUGCACCGCGCGAAAAUCAUGUUUGUAGCUCGUGAAAUACCUGCAGAACACAAAGACUUAAUUCACGAUGUGUCUUAUGAUUUCCACGGAAGACGAAUGGCAACAUGCUCCAGUGACCAGAGUGUAAAGGUUUGGGACCUUGGGGAGGAUGGUCAGUGGCACUGUACAGCAAGUUGGAAGACUCACUCAGGGUCAGUGUGGAAAGUAACUUGGGCACAUCCAGAAUUUGGCCAGGUGUUAGCUUCUUGCUCUUUUGAUAGAACUGCUGCAGUAUGGGAAGAGCAAGUUGUAGGGUCUGGUGAUGGUAUAUCACAAGGUCAAAGCCAUUGGGUUAAAAGAACCUCACUUGUAGAUAGUAGGACUUCUGUAACAGAUGUCAAGUUUGCUCCAAAACAUUUAGGAUUACAACUGGCCACAUGUUCAAAGGAUGGUACUGUAAGAAUUUAUGAAGCUCCUGAUAUCAUGAAUUUAAGUCAUUGGCUAUUACAAAAUGAAAUCCAACAUAAAUUAAGUUGUAGCUGUGUAUCAUGGAACUUAUCAAGAGUGCAUGCACCAAUGCUGGCUGUAGGUAGUGAUGAUCCAAACACAAGUGCUGGGGGCAAAGUUCAAAUACAUGAAUACAAUGAAGCAAGCAGAAAGUGGCAAAGACUUGAAACGCUUAUGGCAAUAACAGAUGCUGUACAUGAUGUUGCUUUUGCCCCAAAUCUAGGAAGAUCUUAUCAUCUUUUGGCUAUUGCUUCCAAGGAUGUUCGUAUAAUGAUGCUCAAACCAUAUGGAGAGCAAGGAACAGGGACAGGAGGAAAUUUUGCCAAACUUGAAAACAGCUUGGCAGCCCAAUUCAGUGACCACGAGUCCCAGGUUUGGCGGGUCGAGUGGAAUGUGACUGGUACUAUUCUGGCUUCAUCUGGGGAUGAUGGAUGUGUACGAUUAUGGAAAGCAAACUACCUUAACAACUGGAAGUGUAUUGCAGUUUUGCGUGGAGAUGGCACACCAGGACCUACUAAUGGACUCAGUAUGACUGGACAAGAUGCCAAGGCAGCAAUGGCAUCAGCAUUCAAGACACAAACAAUGUUGUACCCGUGAUUAAAACAGCGGUUUUCAGUUGUUAUUGACAUCUGUUUUUUACUACUUUACACUGAAGAGACAGGCAAAAAAAUUACUUCUUUAGUUCCUUACAGAAACCAGCUCGGGAGGAAUUGCUGAGCAAUACACCGCACAUUUGGUAGAAAUUUUGUAACACAGUUCAACCUCCUCUAAGCAGGCACUCAUUGUAAAAGCUUGUAAAAGCUGAUUAGAAAUAUAUUUCUAAAAAGAUGUGUCUCAAA